UGGGUAUUUCUACCAGGUCCAGUGUUCAGGCGAGCAGCACUUCAUUCAGCAUUUACUGCAGUACUGUAAAGUAAUUCCUGUCGUUUGCAGUUGUUCCAUUUGUCUAAGGCAAAACGAUGGUCCGUUACGAAGAAGUGAAUGUUCACGGAUAUGAUGAGUUCUGUCAGGCUGUGUCUGAGAGAAAAGGAAAGGAAAUCUUUGCUUAUUUUUCAGGUGAUAAAGACGCAGAGGGAAAGAGCUGGUGCCCAGACUGUGUGACAGCGGAGCCAGUUGUAAGAGGAGAGAUGACUCACCUUCCUGAGGGCUCUGUCUUCAUUUAUUGCCAAGUUGGAGAAAGAGCUUAUUGGAAGGAUCCAAAUAAUGAUUUCAAGAAAACACUGAAGUUGAGUGGAGUUCCCACCUUACUGCGAUAUGGCACGCCUCAGAAGCUGGUGGAGGAAGAGUGCUUCAAAGCAGAGCUGGUGAAGAUGCUGUUCACUGAAGACUGAAUGGUCUGCUGCUGCUCACAUAAAUCAAAGAAUGUGAUAUUUCUUUACUAAUUAACACAUUUUACAUCAAUUUAUUCCAGCAUUAAUUAUCAGCUGUGGAAGUUUGCAAACAAAGCAUGAAGCAGCUGUCUGAUAUAUCCCAUAGUGGAAGAACACAUUUCCCUUUUAUUUCCGUGCAAUCAGUUAUUUUAAGGUUAAUAUGCAGCAUGCAAAUUAUUUGUUUAAAAUGACAAGUUGAAUUUUUUUAUACUCUGAUCAUUUUUGCAUUAGAUUUCUCCUGUCUUGUCUUUACACAAGCAUUUAAUAAAAAUGACUUGUCGUUGAAUAAGUGCAUGUGUCAUUCCUUGUAAUGUGUAGUAUGAUGAACCUAUUAAAGGCUACAAAUGGG